CCCACCCACGACCAUGUGGACCUACUUGUCGCCGGUGCUCUGGUCCCUCCUCCCAGGACAGGCAGUGCACGCCGCGCUGCCGAUCCUCUCGGGCGUGCUCCCGGCCCUCCUGCCCCCCUCGCAGCCGGGAACAAGCCAAUAUCUCACAAACUACCGGCGCGUCCUGACCGCCGGUGUCCUCCUCUACCUCGGGUACAUCUUCGCGACCGACACGUCGACGGACGGGCUGGCCCAGGGCGACUGGUACGCCGUCCUCGGCGUGUCGAGCCGCGCAAGCGACGACGAGCUGCGCCGCGCGUUCCGCGGCCUCAGCCGCAUCUACCACCCCGACCGGGUGGGCGGGAGCGUCGAGGCCGCGAACCGCUUCAUCGCCGUCAGGCAGGCGUACGAGGGGCUGAGUGAUCCGAUUAAGCGCUUCGCGCACGACCGGUUUGGCCCCCAAAUCGCCCGCUGGAACGGCGUCGUGAGCUCACGCGAAUACAUCCACCACGGCCUGCUCAACGCCGGCGUGUUCUACGGCAUCUCGGCGGGCUUCCUCGUGCUCUUCAGCCUGAUCGGGCAGGGCAAGGGGGCGUAUUGGCGCUACACGCUCCUCCUCGCGCUGCUGGUCCUCGAAGCUAGCCUCCUCAUGUCGCCCUCCCCGACCGCACACUCGCGCCCCUCGUCCGCGCCAAUCCUGUCCCUCCUUCCCCGCCCGCUCGCAAUCCUCGCGACCCACAUCCUCCCAGCCAGCACGCUCAUGCGGCCACAAUACCAGCACAUCGCGCUCGCGCACCGCCUCUUCUCCGAGGCAGGCAACGCGCUCGCGCAGCUGGCCGCCGCGUACGCCCCGCAAGAGGGCGACAGGGACAUGCAGGCGUUCGCGAUGGCGUCUGUGCUCGCGCGCGAGAGCGUCGGCGCCCUCGCUGAGGAGAUCACGCCGGUGCUUGCUGGCGCGAGUGGGGCCGAGGCCAACCUCCUCGAACGGAUGGAGCAGGUCCUGCUCGAUAAGACGCUCCCGCAGCACCCCGCGACGGCCGAGCCCUGGGCCGCGGCGAUGCGCAAGCAGGCGCGCCCAGACGGACGCCCCGUCGCGCCGCUGCCCAAUGGCCGCGCCGACGCCGACGCCGCGAGCGUGCCCCUGCCUGUUAGCCCGCCCGAGACGCCCCAGCUCACGCCGGCGUCGACGCUUACGCACGGCGGCAGCGCGGUGCGCCGGAGCUCAAGGCUGCGGAGCUCGUCGCCAUAG